AAAAUGAUCGCCUUCCGUGCCGCUCCCAACCACUCCCACAAUUCCCCUCUCCAUGCAAGCAUACCACCACAGUCGCCUGACUCACUGGCUCACCCCCCUAAGCUAUUGAGGACAAUAUUCAGCCAAGGGCAGGCACGUCCCACUAGUUUAGCUCAACCUCAGUUUGUAACUGGGUCUCCUGUCUUCUCUAGGCUUUCUCAAUUCUAAAACUUGGAUUUGUGUGUAAAAGCUGUACUGGAAUACCUUGUGGAAACAGAUUAUUCAGAGAUGCUUUUUCAUUCCCUUGACACAAUGACGGAAGACCGCAAUCCCAGUGCCCACACCCAUCCUGACAAACGCCCAGACAUUCACUGCGACAUGGAUGGCUCCAGUGGCACCAGCACCCCUCAGUCCUUAUCGCCAGGGUUGGAGGACCCUGCCUACCCCAUAGACAGUAUUCCUGAGGGAGUGUAUGCCCCUACGCCCAUUGAGGCCGAUUCCAGUAUUAACACAGUAAACUUGAACAAAAGUUUACAUCGACCAUCUCAUCAAAAUGACGCAAGGUACAACCUUAUAAAGCUGAGUCAGAUCAAAUCUGCGUUUGCAAACCGCAGUCCGAAUCACUCCAGUAGUGGAACUGUGGGCCAGAUGUUUGCGUUGAAGAAACGCAUCAAGACGGAAGCGGUGAAUGGGGACUAUGAGGUGGCUUUUAACUGCUCAAAUUCAAAUGGUGCUGAUGAUGUAGUGAUUAAACAGGAGCCGAUUGAUGAUGAUGAGGAGGAAGAAGAUGAUGAUGAUGAAAUGGAUGAAGAAAUUGAACGUGUCCACGUCCCCGUUACUAAUCGCCCAGUGAAGAGAAAUAAAGACGGAAAGCCACAGACCGAACCUGUUGACCUGUCUGUCAAGCGAACACUAGGACUACCAGAGUUUGUAGCAGAUAUGCAUGUGCAUCAAGGCUUGGAUUUACGCGUUGGAAGAAAAGAUGAAGAUCACCCGAAUGUCUCUGUCGAAUCUGUCAAUAAAAUCGGCUCCGCAGCUCUUCUGUCUCUGAGGAGGAUAAAAGAAGCAUCCGAGCAGUUCAAAUAUUUAGAAAAUGGAGGGCCAAAGAGUUCCUACCCGGUGACAAUGGUUAGUAAGACAGAUCCCUACUCAGACAGUCAGAAAAAACGGAGAGUCCAUCGAUGUGACUUUGAAGGCUGCAUGAAGGUUUACACAAAGAGCUCUCACUUAAAAGCACAUCGAAGAACACAUACAGGUGAGAAGCCAUAUGUGUGCAACUGGGAGGGCUGUACCUGGAGGUUCGCACGAUCAGAUGAGCUGACGAGGCACUACAGAAAACACACAGGAGACAAACCCUUUAAAUGUCAAGUCUGCGAUCGAGCAUUUUCUCGGUCAGACCACCUCUCACUGCAUAUGAAGAGGCACUGAAGGUUGUGUAAAUAAGCCUGAUGGCUGUGCAUCACCCCUAACCAGACCUACAAGUCUGUUGCCCAGGAUGACCGCAACAAAAUGGCCGCCUCCUCUUCUCACUGUACCGAUGAAUCGAGACUUUAUUACCCAACUUUGAGGAUGGUCGACAUUAGGUGUCAUCCGUGUGUGAUAACCUCACUGGACCACCAGCCCGUCGUCUGGAGUCCAGAGCCCCUAUGAUUAGUGAUCAAGAAAGUAGUUUCUUCUGCUGGAACUUAGUCAUGAGGAAAACAUUAUCUACUGCUGCCUGUGAUUCCAAGAUGGUGGACCAGCUAUCGUUUGUGAUGACACUGCCCGCUUUUUUGCCAUGAAAGAAAAAUGGCUAACAUGAGUGACCUUUGACCCUGCUGCUGAUUGGUUGCUUCCAUUUGAGUUUUACACAAGGAUAGUUCUGUCCAGUUUGUUUGAUGAUCAAUUUGUUGACAUAUAUAAGCAGAGAUAAUAUCUACAUCAUCUUCUAACCUCAGCCUGGUUUUUGAAGAAAUAAGUUGUUGUAUUUGAAGUUGAUUUUUGUCUGAUUGGGAGCAAGGAUAGAUUGUACAUUGGCAUUGUAAUGUCUCAAGACUUAUGUCUUCUUUUGUGUAGAGGUGAAAUUUCAUUGCCACAUAUUCAAGUAAUAUGGGAAAUUAUACAAACUGCUCAAUAUAUCAACUGCUUAGACUAACAGUAACCACAUGUUGCCCGCUAGAUUGAUGCCAAAGAAAGUUCAUGAACGCAGAUAUUUCGAGCCUUGAAAUAUUACUGCGCUAUGUGAACUCAACAAGACCACUAUUGAUGCUGAAUGUGUUGAGUCGGUGACAAGAUACAAUGAAAUAUCACGUUGAUAUUCCCCAUGACUGUAUCAAAGGCUACAUAGCUGAAUAUAUUUAUCAUUGAUAGGGGUUGUACAUAAUUUAUAGCUUAGGGGAUGAUGAUUUUUAUGGAGUAGCAUGUACAAUGUGAAUGUGCCGCCCCCU